GUCUCAGUCUGGACACUGGGGUUGUCAUCAUGAGUCUGUGCGUGCCGUUGAUGGAACUGUUGUCUGUAUACUUUUGCAAGUUGACGAGGGACUAGGGUUUUCCGGAUCACUUUUGUUUGACACCCGGAAACGGAGCACACCACCUCCCUUCCGCCGUAUGGUCUGAGAGCUUCCAGACUAUCUCAGACAAACACUCUCGGCGCUGCCUGUUCGCUUAUUGACCCUUCUGAAGAGGCCCCUGAAGAAGCCAGCAUAUUUCUCUCUAGAGCCACUGCUUUGGGUAGCUAAUCGCGUUCUGGUGUUGUUUUCCACGCGCCCGAACAUUGGCUGUUGAAGAAGCAAUGGCUCUUAACCCAGGCCAAGCGGAUGCAGACAUCAAUGCCCACUCGAGCACACCGGAUGUCAAUGGGCUUAGCUUACAGAUACUCUCACCAUCAUUUAGAACAUCUGCUCGAAUAUCUUUCAAUCAUGUCCGCCCUACAACAACAGUCUCGGAGCUGAAGACGAUGAUAACGACCGCGUUAGCGACGCGACCACCUCCGGAGUCGCAGAGAUUGAUUUAUAGAGGCAGAGAGCUGUCAAAUACCCAGGAAACGCUCACAAAAAUUCUUGAGCUGGGAAAUGGCGAAACCCACUCGAUUCAUCUCGUUCUCCCACCAGGAACCCCGCUGUUAGAAACUUCCGAUACUAAGCCAUCCUUCAAAUCAGACGAGGCGCAGAGCAGGAGCGUACAAGCCUCACUCCCUCAAUCGAGAACCUUCCGAUCUCAGAGAAUCGAAGAUCUUUUGAACCCGGCCCUGACUCCUCCAGAGCUAGAUCCCGAAUCCAACCGGGAGGCCACAAGCCAAGGGAUCUUUGGUUGCAACGCGUCUUUUCGCGCAUCAUCCAGUUCGAAGCUCAAUGAUUCCCAGACACAGAGCAGUGGGACUGGUCAGGAGUCGGAUGAUCGUGGAAAUGCUACGUUUAGUACUACGAAUGCCGUCGAUCUACCUCGAGUUGGACCAAAUAUUUCACCAAUACAGAGACUUAAGCGGGAGGCUUCGAGCGAUUCUGACGUGAUAGAGCCGGGGCCUUCGCACACAGGCUUACAAGGAUUGCACGAAAAUUCCGGGAUGGGGAACUCCACCGCGUCCUCGAUAAAUUUGGGACGGCAUCGUACGCAUCGUGGCCCGGAACUCAGAACUACGAGUAAUCCGGUUCCACGGUUCAUUUCUAGUGCGCCUACUAGCGGAGAAUAUCAAGCGGGGACAAGCAGACUGCCACUUCUCUCGCAACGCAUCCUUGCAAUGGAGGAUCAAAUUGAUCAUGGUAUAAGUCCUUCCGUGGAUGAAAUUUCGAGAAUUCGGUUUCAACUGUAUCAAAUACAGGACGAGGAAUAUCGAAACCCUUUAAAACCCCGAGAUGCCUCCUUGGAAGGCUGGCUAGGUCGAAUUAUAAGUGUUGCUACUAGAGCAGACCAGCUUCGAAUCAUGAAAGCUAGAGAUUGGCAACCCAGCAAUUAUCACACCGGCUUAGAGUCUGCCACGGCCGGCCCUACUCCCACGGCGGCGUACCUCCUUAAGGCUCCAAACGGCGACCAGUACGUGGUGAUGCGCCCCAAUAAUCAACCUACAGCGUCAACUCUUCGAUACCGCACAUCAAGGCUAGCGCCUAAUAUUCCCGGUCUCGUUGUUGGUGGUAAUAUGGCCCAGCUAGGGGCGCCUGGUCCCACAGGCCGGUUUCCUGCGAAUCGUGUUUUUAGGCCACCAUUGGUCCGGCGUCGGUACAGGCAAUACGUUAGACCAAUAAACCUUGUCGCUAUCGUUCGAAGCCUUUGGUUGUUUAUACGGUUAUACUUCUUCAGCUAUCUUAUCAGUGCUCGUGGAUCGUGGCUUCGUACAUUUCUUGUAAUGGGAUCCGCUAUUAUUGCGAUAUUUUCAGAAACCAGCCUUCCUCAAAGGAUUCAGCGGGUUGUGCUCGGCCCAGUCCAGCGACAUCUGGAGAAUCUUCUGCCUGUCGAUGGUCAGCAGGCCCGAGAAGUCAAUGGCACCCAGCGACCUGAAGGAGUGGAUGCCAACUUUAAUUUGCGCAAUGAGUCUGCCAACGUUGGCCAAGGCCAAACUGUCGCUGCACAAGGUGAGCAAGGCGGAGUGUGGGAAGGGCUACGCAGUUUGGAGCGAUCCAUUGCAAUAUUCAUUGCGAGUUUCGUUCCAGGUUUAAGUGAGCGUCACAUCGCGGCUAGAAAUGCAGCAGAAGCUGCACGGCGGAAUGAAGAAGAACAGCGACAGCAGGCAGACAAUCAACGCCCUGAGGAAACCCCUGAUGGGACUGAUGGUGUUAACAUUGAGAACAACACUGACAUAUCGGAUGUCAGAUCAUCUAAUGAGGCCAACAUAAGCGAAACUCCACAGCACCAGCAGCCAGAUCAAGAGCUGCGGGGUUAAUGAGUGAUUUAUUGGAUCUUCAUGCAUUGCGUUCUACCAUCAUUGUAUUCUUGUUUUAAAAUGAAGUCCAUGAUCGACAUUCAGCUCGAAUUAACCCUCUCUGGGUUUCUGAACUUAUUUUUCUUCAUGUUGUUUUCUCUUGGGUCUAGCUUGUUUCACUCAAGUGGCGCAUUUUUACAUGCCCCAGAGAACUAGCCAUGUCGCAAAAGCGUGUAUUUGACGCAGAAGGUAAGCGCCAAUAUUUGGCUAUUUUUGUCGUUCAAUUUACUUUUUAAUCCAUGUUGAAUAUCCACGAGAGAUAGC